AUGUCAUCGGAAACCAUAGCGAAUCCCGAGGACGGACUUUCCCCUAUGCGCUUAAAAAGUGAAGAUGUCAUUCGGGCCUAUAUUCAGAGGAUAUCAGAAGUGGAACCUUUCAUCAAUGCCAUUGUCGAAAGGAGAUAUGCCGAUGCUCUGAACGAAGCCAAAGAUGCGGAUGUCUUGGUCGCAUCUGGGAAACUCACUAAAGAACAGCUUGCUGAAACAUAUCCUCUUCUGGGAGUUCCAUUAAGUGUCAAAGUUAUCAUUAAGGUGAAAGGGCUGAGAAGUACUGGAUCAUCUUUGUUAUUUAAGGAUGUAAGAGCAUCAGAGGAUGCUCCUGCUGUGGCUGCUUUGAGAAAUGCUGGUGCCAUUGUUCUAGUCACAACAAAUGCUCCUGAGAUGUCUAUCAGUCUGGAGACCAGCAAUAAAAUUUAUGGAAGGACCAAUAAUCCUUACGACAUCAGCAGAACCAGUGGUGGUAAUAGUGGUGGAGAAAGUGCCUUACUUAGUGCAGGAGGUUCAGUCCUUGGCUUGGGGAAUGAUUUGAUGGGAAGCAUUAGAAUACCGUGUCUUUUCACAGGUCUCUUUGGACAUAAACCUUCAAGAAAUAUGGCGUUUCAAGAAGAAAGUUUUCCAUUGUUCAACCCGAAGCUUUCACAAAUGCUCUGUACCGGACCAUUGUGCAGAUAUGCUGAAGAUCUUGUUACAAGCAUGUCUGUGCUUUCUUAUGGCCAAAAGACACAUAGGAAAUUUGGACAAGCUGUGAACUUCAGAGAUAUUAAAAUAUUUUACAUGCUGUCGCUUGAUGCCAACUUUGCAACGCCUGUUUCCGAAGAUUUUCAGCAAGCUAUCAAGGAAGUUGUUUCUUAUUUUCAAACUACCUACCAGGUAAACAGCAAAGAAACACAUAUUCCACUGCUCAAGCAAAGUAACUCGAUAGCUCUUCACUGCGUUUUAUCUGCUGCAGGUAACAUUACAGAAGUUCUCACAUCAAGUAAUGGAGAUAUCAACAGUUUCAAAGAACUUUUCAAAUGGCUUAUUGGUAUGUCCGAUUUGACACUUGGACCUCUAGCAUGCAUGAACUUUGCUAAAUGUUUUUUGUGGUACAAUGAAAGUAAGGUACCACACUAUGAAAAUCUAGCGAAACAGCUGAGUGAAGAGUUCGACAGCUUAUUAGAUGAAAAAUCUGUAUUUCUUUUCCCGACGUUCCCUGUGACUGCUUUUCAUCAUAAUGAAAGUCACGUUUACAUACCGAAUGUGUGUUAUACUAGUAUUUUUAAUGUUCUAGGACUUCCAGCUACUCAGUGCCCAUUAGGACUUAAUAGCCAAGGGCUUCCAAUUGGAAUUCAAAUUAUCGGACGAAAAAGCAAUGAUUCACUGACUAUUGCUUUUGCAGCAGAACUAGAAAAAGCUUUCGGUGGCUGGGUACCGCCAGGAAGUAAAAGGAAAUAG